GAGAAGUCAUAAAUCCAAACUGAGUUACAUUUUAAAAAAGUCGUUUACCACUCGUUAUUUAAUGUUUCUACUUCAUAACCAUUUAACAAUUGAUUUAUGUAUUCUUUGCAAUACAGAAAAGUUACCGUUCCUGAUUAAGCUCUCGGCUUGUUUCUAUAACAACGCUGUAGUUGCAUUGCUAUCUUCACAUAGCUACCCAAGCUGAAUAAUUGCUAUGAAAUCGAGUUUUCACAGCUUUUCGUAAUGGUUUCUUGGUGCUCAUCGCUCAGAAGUGUUUGAGUUGAAAAGAAGUAACAUACUACAAAUAUGGUGCUAACUGAUUUACCUUUUAAGCGAGGCAAGUUACUGCAUAGCCGAUAUCAUAAUAUACGCAGACCAGUCAGUGCUCCUCCUGGAAAAGCAGAAGACACAAAAUCAGAAGAUGGCCAGGAAAGCAAAGAAUAUGCAGCAUUUCUCAAAGCUCAGGAGAGGAAAGUCGGACCGGAUGGAUUUCUUGACUCAAGUCGCUACCAUACAUUCGUGAUCAGGAAGGAAAAAGAAGAUAAAUCAGUAGGGAGAAGCAAGCCUCGUGCCUUGAGCGAUAUUUCUUCUCACCCAAAUGUAGUCAGUCUAGCUGCUAAGAUAGAAAAAGAUGAAAGGGACUACCAAAGAAGAGUUAAAGUUGUUGAGGAUCAUAUGUGGCAAUACAAGCAAGAAGAACGAGAGCUGAAACGUGUAGAAGGCGAUAUCAUCAAAAACCAGCGAGCUGUGCGUCAUACUGUUAGAGACUUUGGAAAUGCCAUAAAUAAGAAGCGAAUGGCGGAAGAUAAAAAGCUAAACCAUUCUCUGGAACGGUUUACACACAUGCAGCAAGAACAUAUUCACAAAAAGCAUGAGAUUGGAUCAGAUCGAACACAUCAGAACAUUCUUACAGAUCUACAGGAAAAGGCACAAAGCAGAAAAGUAGAAAUAAAGAAAGGUGACCUCUCGCGGCAGUACCAGCAGAAGCUGUCGGCCCUGGAGUUGAAAAGGUCGGAAGUCAUGAGGCUUAGUCAGGACUUCGAGUCAAAACUACGUGCGAAAGAGGAGGAGCAGCACAAGCUGAAGAAGGAGCUGGCGGAGCUGGCCAUCACUCUAAACAUGGAGGCACAGAAGGGUCGUGUACAGCGUUUCGAGAAUGAAAAGUCGCAUAAAAAGGAAUCGACCAGUAGGAUUCAAGAAGACCUUGACAGCGAACGGAAUUUAGAAAACAAGAUGAUGAAAAGUGACGGAGACAUCAAAGGAGCCGAAAUGACCAAACGUCGGUUGAGUGCGGAUUUGGCCUUAACAAAAGCUCACCUGGACAUCAAGAAGCGAGACGAGCAGCGCCAUCUGACGGACACCCAGAUACGACUGGAGGACAACACGACCACGCAGCGUCAACUCAAUGAAGCUGCUCGCUCAGCCGAGAUGGACCUGAAGGCCAAACAGAUAGAACAAAAAGUAGAGGCUCACAACCUCCAGCGCCUACACCGCCUGCACGCUAGCAUUCGCACCAAGAAGGACAAGGAGGCCGCCCAGCAAGCCGUGUGGGAGGCCCGCUACAAGGUCCGGGCCGCCGAGACGGAGCGCAAAAAACACGAGGACUCUCUCGCCUUCUUCCAGAAACUGGUGACCAAGGACCAGGAGCGGGAGCAGGCGCUGUUCGCCAGCGUGCGGGAGGCGGAAUACGCGCGGCAGCAGCACGACGCGGAGGUGCGGCGUCUCCAGCAGCAGCUGCACGCCAUGCGCGCCCAGAACGCCCACAAGCUGAAGGAGGAGGCGGUGCGCUGCAGCCGCACGGAGAAGGAGCUGCAGGAGAAGCUGCUGCGGCAGAAGGCGGAGCUAGACAAGAUGCACGCGCGACGCGAGGAGAGCUACAUGCAGCUGCAGGCGCACCGCCACAAGAUGAGAGAAGACCAGCAUCACCUGACCGAGCACGAGCGGGAGCACCUGCGCCUGCAGCGCAUCGGCACGCGGUCCGAGGUUGGCCCCGAGCUGUACGCUUGACGGCGGUCAUCACUAGACCCUCGUGGCUCGCCUCGCACUGUCGACGUCUUCACACCGCAGAGUUGAUCUCGCCAGCCACCUUCACUGUGAUACCUUAUUGCCUCUCUUUGCGGGUGCUAUUUCUUCCUGGCAAACUGUUAGGUCUUUAGGUGGGCACUUCGAGCAUCUGGCCUGCCUAGAGAGAGUGGAAAUCUGAGUUCUCGGAAGAUUUAAGUCUGCUGUUCUUGCCUGAUAUUGAAUAUCAGUUUGUUGUAAUGUUGACAGUUAAUAUUUAUCUUUGUUUGCUUCUCUUGUUAUGUGAUGUCUUUAUUCUCUUCUGCCUUUGGUUUCUUCACGGCGUGAACACCACAAGUGCUGAUAUUUUAGAUUAAGUGACCUUGUUUAACAUAUCCCUGCAAUAUCUUUAUCCAGCUCAAUGUUGGUCUUCGUUGUCUUGUGUCAUCUCGUCUGUGCGCAUGCGCAUGCAUGCAUCGCGCAUUAUUGUACAUUUGUACAUGGAAAUGGAGUGGAGUAGGGAUGUCUUCAAAGGCUUGUAUCACACAGAUUUAAGAAAUUACUAUGAGUUAAAUACAUUGAUUCGAAAUAAUUUUGCGCUUGGUUGGCCUUCUUGGCCGGACACACAUGCGGAAUACCUAGCUAUGACUCAGCCAUUUAACGGUGGCUAAACAUAGCCGCGUAUUCGACCACGUGGACCUAUCGUGUAACCGUAAUCACAUCAAUGACCAACUAUUUAUUACAAGAGACGGGCGUGCAUGUCUCGGUGUUGUGAUCAGGGCAGCAGACUUUGGUCAGACAUGGCCAUACAUUUACCAACUUUCGGGCGACGCUGCUCAAAUUUCGAAUUUCGUGACAACACACUGCACACGCCUCCUUUCUCACAACAGGAGAGCCAGAUGCAUGACACAAACUCUGACCCCAGACCAUGUCCUAGUGGCCGCAAUUUUUGUUGUCUGUGCACAGUCGUUACGUGUUCACGACGAAGAAUAUCACGUGACAACAAAAAGCUAGCGGGCGAGAAAUAGAAAACAGUAUUAAGGAAACAUUUUGUAUAUCUUAACAUUCACCCUGCCUUUAUCACCAUACGUUUAUUUCCCUACACUUGUACAGAAAUAAAUAUAAUGUAUUGAAGUAUGUCACUAAAACCACCUGUGGAGAAAAUCUGUCUUUGUAAUUAAAAACUUUUUAACGUC